AUGGCCCCACGCCAGCCCUCCGAGCUCGGCAGAGGCACGAGUGGCGCUUGCUCCAGAAUGCAGAGCGUCCUCUCUCCCGACUUUUCAUGCCGCCGCUUGCGCUUCUGCCCCGUGGCUCGCGGGUGGUUGUGUGGCAGAAUGGCCCCACGCCAAACCUCCGAGCUCGGCAGAGGCACGAGUGGCGCUCAGCACCUCCUUAUUUUCACAGAAGCCAGGCGGCUUCGACAGAGGCAUCAAGGGCUGACGGAAGCAGCGGGGCACUCCAGGUGGCCCCCCGAAGAAGAAGAGAGGGUUGCGGGGACUUUGGAGCGUGCGCUGGUUCCAAUGGGGAUUGAUUGGGGAGAAGGAAGUAUCGAGGACGAGACGCGAGCUUCAUCUGGAUUUCUCUAG